GAGCAGCUCACCCCAUCUUCCUGAGGCUCCACAUAGAGCUCAUCACCGAUCCUGGACAGAGAGUGGAUGGCUUUGGCCAGCACUGGACGUGUGUGAGGAACGCUGCUCUGCUCCGUAUCUCCUCCCAUCCCAGUUGAUAUGGCUGUUGCUGAAAAGGUGUGACUAAAACAUUUGUGUAGUGAAACCACGGACGUUUGGAGAAAGAGAGAGACUUUUAAAAGACACCAGAGGACGAAAGUCAGGAAUAGUUUUGAGUCUGGUUCAGCUUUUUGCCAAAAUAACACAAAAAGAGAGACUGCUGCUGAAACUUUUUUUGCAUUAUGGAGGAGUGGAUGCAGUAUGACAGUGAAACGUCCAUGAGGAUAAGCAGCCGCAGAGAAAAAGAUGAAUUUCUAACCUAGCUGAGGAAGUUGAACCGUAAGGGAUGGACCUAUCUUGAAUUUUGGACUGAGAAAGAAGGUUAUAAAAAAGAUUGGAUUAUAAAAAAACAGAGAAACAACCAACACAGGAAUCUCAAGAGGUGACGUGAUUCACACACAGCUAACUUCUUAUGUCAUGGUCUUCAGUCUGUUAUUGAACACAUUACAUAAGUCUGUGGAAUCCAUUAUUUUAGUGGACUAUAUUGUUGUGAUAACAUGCACUCAUUGUUGAGAUACUUUUGGGGGAUUUCUGGAUUUGAUGCACAGCAGUACUGUUUCUAGAUGUCUCAGUCACCUAAUCCCAAAGACAGUCAGGCCCUGCUGCAGUCCAUGCUGCAGAAACUGAAGCUCCAGCCGGGAAAAGAGGGUCAGGCAUACCUGCACACACCGGUACCCACCACAGCUGCUGCAUCAUGGAGGCCAGACGGAGAGAGAGGAGCGUUCAACCUCCAGAAAGUGAACAGCAGUCCUGGAAAUGGCUUUCAGUUCAGUCCCAAUGGUAUCCCCUCAAAGGAGUGUGGGAACUCUGCUGCAGGCAGUCACUUUGGAUUCAAAGGUGAAAUACAGAGUCCAGGUCAUGGCUGUGCAGUGGACAGUGCUCUCAUUUCCUUACCCUCCCAAAAAGAUAACAUUGAUGGUGACACGGGUGAGGACAGUCAGCCUGCGGUUACCCCGACAGGAACAGGGCAGCUGUUUCCUGCUGGAUCACUUAAGGAUGCUGAUAUCGCUUCCUUUGAGAGGACUGACGGGCCGUGGGAGGGUAGUUUUGCAGCGACAAUGCCUUGCAAUAAAGAUGCUUUCACCAGCAUGGGACAGAAUCAAAACCAGGACCAGAGUUUUAAACCCAAAGUGUAUGUCUGGUCUUCGAAGCCAACAGAUGCAGAUGUUAAAAGUCAAGAGAAUGAAGUGCUGCAUACAGGAAAUGGAGGAUUAGGAGAUUUGGCACAAAGUAAAGACUUGCAGAUUGUGCCGCUCAACAGCAGCUCGAGAAGGAACCCGCGAUUAUCGGAGAAUAAAACGAGGAGAUGGACUCAGAAGAUCAAGGAGAAAUGGGUCCGGUCGGGGAGUUUUGGCAGAAAGAGAAAAGAAGGAGUGAGAGUAGACUUGCAUAGUGAGGAAGGAACUGAAAUUUCACCUCAAAGCCAGCUGCCGACAGCAGUAAAUCUCAUCCCUUCAAAUAAGGAGGAAGAAAGGACCCUCUUUCCACUUGACAGCAGAGAUCCAAGUAACCCCCCUCCCACACACACAGAAGACGAAGAAUAUAUGAGGUCGAACAGAGACUUUGAGUUUGGCCUGGGCUCCUUUAGCUUGCUGGACGAAAUUGUUACGGGUCAAGAGUGGGCCAAGUUCCUAAACCCCAACCAAUCAGCAGCCUCGACCAAUCAGAGACCAACAGAACUCAAAAUCCUAUCAAAUUCUCAUGAUAAUGGUCAAUCGACUCUGAUUUUGAACCAACAAGGAGGAGUGAACAGCCCGUGGAGCUUCCAGGGAACUGAGACAUCACCAGGUUUAGAUUUCAGCAUGGCACAAAUAUCACCUGACGCUUCCCACCCAGUCAGCAUGGACGUUUCAGAAGGAAAACAGGCUGCAGCACUGGAGUUCCACAGUGCACCUGAUCAACUAAUACCAAUGGAACAUGGACAAACCCGUCGACCUGCUGCGUUUUUAGAGGCUGCAGAUAUUACAGACAACUCAGCACAGAAGAUCAGAGCCCACCUCAACAGAAAGAGACAGCACGAGUCGACAGAAAUAGGAAAUGAGAGGUUUCAAACAGAGAAUAGACAUGAUGAAAAUCAGACGGGCAAAGAGGGAGGCCUCACAAGCAGCCACGUGAUGGAGGAGACGGGAGAGUUCCAACAUGAUGACAACAUGAUGCCUUCACACACCAUGAAGUCUCCUGCUCCACCUCUCUCUCCGUUUACUCCUUUUGCUCCUGUGCCCCGCGGUGUUCUCAAACACUCAAUAUCCCAGGAUUCACAGUCAACAGAAACGCUGACAAAAAGGAGGCGAGUCGAGGAAGACAGGCGGGUUCGUUUCUCAGAGGAGGUUGUGAUCAUCGAGCCCCCGGAGCCGGGCCCGGACGCUUCAGACUCCGAGGAGGAUUCAGGAGCCGAGGAGGACUCUGUGACCGACCAGGAGUGUGAGGAGGAGCCGGCAGCAGCAGAGGAGGAGGCACCCGCACGACGACAUGCUCUCCCUGCCUGGAUACUGGCUCUGAAGAGGAACUCAGGGAGGAAGCACAGAUAGGGCCUGGAAAACUGCCAGUCUAUGAAACUAAAAUAAUUUCUUGAGUUAUCGCUGGACAUUGAAAGCACCUCUGUGUGCCUACUUCUUGUCCCCCUCCCCAAACAAACAAUGCUCAAAAUGAUGUUUGAUUGUGUGAUAAGAUAAGCUUCUUUCAAGGCUUUUCAACUAAACCAGAAUGUUCUUUUUGUACCUUGCACCAAGGGAUAUUUUGAAGUGUUGAGUUGUGUGAGGUACUUUCUAAUAUACAGUUAGUGUAUUACCUAUAGUAUAAACUAAGCAUUGUUCUGCUAUAAAGGGGGGCAGUAGCUAAACCAAAUUCAGUCCAUUACACAAACUAAAUAACCAAUCGAGGCAACACUAGACCUGCAUCUGUCAUGUGUUGAAGGCAAAAUUAUGAUUUAAUUUUUAGUCUGGUGACUUUGAAGAGAGUAUAGAUAAUGGUUUCAGAUCCACAUUGGACAGCAAGUCAAAGAAGUCAAUACAUUUUAAAUAUAGCGUAUUCUUAAAUUGAUAUUAGGUUUUCUGUUGGUGGCCAAUAAAUGUUAGGCUGCUGCCUUCUCCAACAUCAGUAAGCGUACAGUGAUUUGCUCCUGUGCCGUAACUGCUGUUGUCUUCUCCAAACUAGGGGCAGGCUGAUCAUCAUCUAUAGUAGGUAAUACACUGACUAUGGAUCAGUCCAUAUCAGUUCCCUCAUAUAACCACACUUGAAACAAUACAAAAUAUCCCUGUUUACCCAGGCCCUCUUCUCUGUCUCAGACACUGUGUCACAUCAUCUGCAAAAGUGUUUCUUGGAUUUGGUUGCUGAAAUGAAUAUUCUUUGAAAGCUUUUCUGAGAAAUGCUGCAUUGUCCUCACCGCUCCUUCAGUCUUGCACUGACUAGCACCAGACUGUCUCUGGGUAAUGGCUCCCUGUCCAGCUAUCUAGGGUAAUUAACCCCAGAGGAGGAAGUGCACUGCGUGAAGUACAAAGUGUACUGCAUGGAGAUGCUGUGGUUUCAAUAUGUUUAUCAGUUCUGUUUAUUAUUUUGUUUAUGAUUAUUUAAUGUACAAACGUGGAAUAUACAUUUCCCACUCAGUGUCAGAUAGAUUGUACAGAUACAAGUAUAUAAACAUACUGCGUUGGGCUAAUGGACACACAGAAAACAUACAGCAGUCUCUGCAGCAAAGGCCACGUCACUGUUAGUGUCCAGAGCAUCUAAGGGAGCAUCAGUCUUCUGAAUAGGACCAGCUGUACCGGAAAUAACUGAACAUGAAUAACAAUAAAAUGUUCUUGUUGCCUUUACCUACACAACAACUCACACAAUCUAAUGAGGAAUAUUCAGGACCUAUAAUCAUUAUGAAUAAAAUGUAAAUGUCAAAAAUGUG